UCUGUCUGAUUCAUGUCUGUCUGAGAGGAGAGGAGAGGGAGCGCAGCCUGGAGCCUCUGAGGAAGGAGAGCCGCCUGGGCUGAGAAAGGAAAGCCCCCGAAGCACCUCGGCAGGAUGAGGCAGGGCCGGGAGUGGGCGCUGCUGCAGCUACUGCUGCCUUGGCUCGGGGUCGGCAGCCUUCUGGCCGCCAAAGUGAACAAACAUAAGCCAUGGAUUGAAACAUCUUAUCAUGGAGUUAUUACGGAAAACAAUGACACUGUAAUUCUGGAUCCUCCACUGGUUGCUUUGGAUAAAGAUGCCCCUGUUCCAUAUGCUGGUGAAAUUUGUGCUUUUAAAAUCCAUGGACAGGAAAUGCCCUUUGAAGCUGUGGUGCUAAACAAGACAUCUGGAGAAGGUCGCCUUCGAGCACGCAGUCCAAUUGACUGUGAACUGCAGAAGGAGUACACAUUCAUCAUCCAGGCAUAUGACUGUGGCGCAGGACCUAGUGGAACAAACUGGAAGAAAUCUCACAAAGCUGUAGUCCAUAUCCAAGUAAAGGAUGUCAAUGAGUUUGCACCCACUUUUAAAGAAACCUCUUAUAAAGCUACUGUAACAGAAGGAAAGAUCUAUGACAGUGUAUUACAAGUGGAAGCCAUGGAUGAGGACUGUUCUCCUCAAUACAGUCAAAUAUGCAAUUAUGAAAUUGUCACAACAAAUGUUCCAUUUGCUAUUGACAGGAAUGGGAAUAUCAGAAACACUGAAAAAUUGAGUUAUGACAAACAGCAUCAGUAUGAGGUAAUGGUAACAGCCUUUGACUGUGGGCAAAAGCGUACAACUGAAGAUGUCUUGGUACGAGUUGAAGUCAAGCCUGUAUGUAAACCUGGAUGGCAAGACUGGAAUAAACGUAUUGAGUACAAGCCAGGUUCUGGGAGUAUACCAUUAUAUCCUAGCAUUCAUUUGGAGACUUGUGAUGGACCUGUUUCAUCUAUACAAACCACUAUUGAGUUGCAAACAAACUACAUUGGAAAGGGAUGUGAUCGGGAGACAUACUCUGAAAAAUCCCUUCAGAAAUUAUGUGGAGCAUCAUCAGGUGCAAUUGACUUGUUACCAACUCCCAGUGCAGCAACUAACUGGACAGCUGGUCUUCUGAUAGACAGCAAUGACAUGAUUUUUAAAUUUGAUGGAAAGCAAGGAGCCAAAAUCCCUGAUGGAAUAGUACCAAAAAAUUUAACUGAUCAGUUUACCAUCACCAUGUGGAUGAAGCAUGGUCCAAGUCCAGGUUUAAGAGCAGAGAAAGAAACUAUUCUGUGCAAUUCAGAUAAGACAGAAAUGAAUCGGCACCACUAUGCACUUUAUGUGCACAAUUGUCGACUUGUAUUUCUGUUGCGAAAAGAUUUUGACCAAGCUGACACCUUCCGGCCUGCAGAAUUUCAUUGGAAGCUUGACCAGAUUUGUGAUAAAGAGUGGCACUACUAUGUCGUCAACGUUGAGUUUCCAGUAGUUACCUUGUAUAUGGAUGGUACAACAUAUGAACCUUACCUUGUAACUAAUGACUGGCCUAUUCAUCCAUCGCACAUAGCAAUGCAACUGACUGUUGGUGCUUGUUGGCAAGGGGGUGAAGUCACCAAGCCCAGAUUUGCUCAAUAUUUCCAUGGCAGCCUUGCCAGCCUUACCAUCCGUCCAGGGAAAAUUGAGAGCCAGAAAGUGAUAUCCUGUUUGCAGGCCUGCAAGGAAGGUCUGGAUAUUAACUCCCUGGAGAGCCUUGGCCAAGGAAUAAAGUAUCACUUUAAUCCUUCCCAGUCAGUGCUUGUUAUAGAAGGGGAUGACAUUGAGAAUAUAAAUCAAGCUCUCAGAAAGGUUUCUUAUAUCAACUCAAGACAGUUUCCAACCUCAGGCAUUCGGCGGCUUAAAGUCUCAUCAAGAGUCCAAUGUUUUGGUGAAGAUGUCUGCAUUAGUAUCCCAGAUAUAGAUGCCUAUGUAAUGGUGUUUCAGGCCAAGGAGCCCAAGAUCACAAUAAGUGGAAUGGAUCAUUUUGCAAGACCAGCUGCAGAGUUUGAACAUGAAAAGGGUGUGAUUCUUUUACCAGAUAUCAGGAUUGUCAGCACUGUCACUAAAAUGGAACAUCCUCCUGACUUAAAGGAAUCUAUGGACAGAGUCCAUAAACCUCUUAUGUUAGAAGAGAUGCACCAUAACCUGGAUUUUUGUGACAUUUUGGUAAUUGGGGAAGAAUUAGACCCCAAGCAAGAGUGUUUGGAACUGGAUCGGAAGGAACUUCAAGGCAAACACUUAGAUGCUACAAACUCCACAGCAGGCUAUUCAAUAUAUGGUGUUGACACAAUGAAAAACUAUGAACAGGUUUUGCAAAAGGUUCACUAUCGCAACUGGCACACAUCUUCCAUCUUUGAUAGGAAGUUUAGAAUCAAAUGUUCAGAACUGAAUGGGCGUUAUACCAGCAAUGAAUUUAAUUUAGAAGUUAAUAUUCUGCAUAACUCCAACACUAAUAUCAUGGAAUGUAAAUAAUAUGGUAAACAGCCACAGUUUCUCCAGUCUAUCCAUCACCCAGAGGAAAGCAUAACCAAUAUUCAUGGCUCAG